UCGAAAAACCAUGCCCAUUCGGUCGACCUGUGUGAACAGCCUCAUGAAAUUGCCUCAUCUACCAAGUCAUCCAGCGCUAUUCGUAUCAUUCCAACCACGACGUCAAAGUCGACGCCUCCACCCGGUCAGUUUCAACCAAGACAACAACCGUCACCAACACCGUCUCCGAUGUUCGGAAUUCCUUCUGUACGCCCCGGGAAUAGAUCCAAUGAACAACCACAUUCGGAUUCACAGUCAUUGCCUUCCAAGAGUCCUGUGCCCACAGGGCUCCAGACCUCAUCGCCAGCUCAAACUCCCAAUCCCGCGAUGCACGUUACUCAGUCCGUCGGAUCCGCGACUCAUCAUUUUCCUGGACUGUUCACCUGUUCGCAUUCCCAUCCCGUGCCACAACUCCCCGAGCCUCCUCCACCCGGUCCGGUACGCUAUUGGAGCGCAGACGAUGUGGUGGCAUUUGUACGCGGAACGCCGGGUUGCGGUGCCUACGCGGAAGCGUUUCACACGAAUGAGAUUGACGGUGAAGCUCUACUCCUGUUGGCCGAGGACCAGUUUAUUCAGCCACCAAUCGGGAUGAAAAUCGGUCCGGCAUUGAAAUUGGCUGCCCGUUUGGAAACGCUCCGCAAUAUCAGCUGA